CAGUGCAGGAGCCGGAGUGCGAGCGGGAGCCGGGCCGGGAGCGGGGCUCGGCCGGCGGCAGCAGCAGAGCAGCAUCGCCGCUUCGCUGCCGUCUGGCGGAACGGGGCGAAGCGAAGCGGCCGGCGGGUCACGCCGCGCCCCCUCGCUGGUCUGUCCCCCCCGCGUUCCCGUGAGCCGCUCCCCGCCCGGGUCCCGCGGGUGCAGCAUGAAGUGCGGCGAUGGCCCGGAGAGGUAAGACGGCGGUGAGGACGCUGGAAGACCUGACGCUGGACUCCGGGUAUGGUGGCGCGGCGGACUCGGUGCGCUCCUCCAACUUGUCGCUGUGCUGCUCGGAUUCGCACCCCGCGUACCCCUAUGGAGGAAGCUGCUGGCCGCACCUAACUGACUCCAUGCACAGUCGGCACAACAGCUUCGACACCGUCAACACCGUCCUAGCGGAAGACUCCGAGGUGCUGGACUGCGCGGGGCAGCAGUGCUCCCGGCUCCUGCCCGACCUUGAGGAGGUCCCCUGGAGCCUGGAGGAGGUGGAGGCACUGCUGCUGCCGCCGCCGCCGCGCCGGGAGCCGCGGGCGCCGGGCGCCGCCAGCCCCGGGAGCCGGGAUGCGGCGGCGCGGCUCUCGACGCUGGUGAGCCGGGCGCUGGUGCGCAUCGCCCGGGAGGCGCAGCGGCUGAGCCUCCGCUUCGCCAAGUGCACCAAGCACGAGGUGCGGAGCGCCAUGGAGAUCGUCCUGGGCUGGACGCUGGCGGCCCGCUGCACGGCGGCCGCCCUGGGCGCCCUCUCCCUCUACAACAUGAGCAGCAGCGGCGGCGACCGCUUCAGCCGCGGCAAGUCGGCCCGGUGCGGACUGGCCUUCUCCGUGGGCAAGUUCUACCGCUGGAUGGUGGACAGCCGCGUGGCCCUGCGCAUCCACGAGCACGCCGCCAUCUACCUCACGGCGGGCACCGAGAGCCUGUUCCGCGACAUCCACGCGCGGGUCCUGGCCGGCCCUGCCGCCCCGCUCCCGCCGCCCGGCCGCCCUCCGGCCGCCGCCGCCGUCGCCGCCCCGGCCGAGAAGGAGAAGGAGGGCGGCGAGGCGCCCCGCUUCACCCUGGAGGCGCUGGAGCAGACGGUCAACAACGACCCCGAGCUCUGGGGCUUGCUGCAGCCCUACCAGCACCUCAUCUGCGGAAAGAAUGCCAGCGGUGUUCUCUGCCUGCCGGACAGCUUGAACCUUCACAAAGACCAGCAAAGGUCAAACAAGCCUGGGGAGGUGCAGAUGUUCAGCCAGUCAGAGCUAAGGACCAUCGAGCAGUCUUUACUUGCUACGCGCGUGGGGAGCAUUGCUGAACUCAGCGACCUGGUGUCUCGAGCAAUGCAUCACCUCCAGCCCCUCAAUGCCAAGCAGCACGGGAAUGGAACACCAAUGCACCAGAAGCAGGGAUCGUUCUACUGGGAGCCAGAGGCUCUCUACACCCUUUGCUACUUCAUGCACUGUCCACAGAUGGAGUGGGAAAACCCCAAUGUGGAGCCAUCAAAAGUCACGCUGCAGACUGAGAGGCCGUUCAUUGUGCUGCCUCCCCUGAUGGAAUGGAUUCGGGUUGCCGUGGCUCACGCGGGGCACCGUCGCAGUUUCUCGGUGGACAGCGAUGACGUACGGCAGGCAGCGAGGCUCCUGCUGCCGGGAGUUGACUGCGAACCUCGACAGUUAAAAAUCGACGACUGUUUUUGUGCGUCUCGGAAGCUGGAUGCAGUUGCCACUGAAGCGAAGUUCAAGCAAGACCUCGGUUUUCGGAUGCUCAACUGUGGCCGAACGGAUCUGGUUAAACAAGCCAUAUCCUUGCUGGGGCCAGAUGGGAUUAACAGCAUGAGUGAACAGGGCAUGACUCCACUGAUGUAUGCUUGUGUCAGGGGUGAUGAGGCUAUGGUGCAGAUGCUGCUAGAUGCUGGAGCAGAUCUAAAUGCUGAGGUUGUCAGUACUGCUCAUAAAUACCCAUCCGUCCACCCUGAGACCCGCCAUUGGACAGCUCUGACAUUUGCUGUGUUGCAUGGACAUAUUCCUGUAGUUCAGCUGUUGCUGGAUGCUGGAGCAAAAGUAGAAGGUUCCUUGGAGCAUGGAGAGGAAAAUUACUCUGAAACUCCUUUACAAUUGGCAGCAGCUGCUGGAAAUUUUGAACUCGUCAGUUUGCUGUUGGAGCGAGGAGCUGACCCCAUGAUAGGAACAAUGUACAGGAAUGGCAUUUCCAUGAAUCCACAAGGUGACAUGAACUCUUUCAGUCAGGCUGCUGCACAUGGACACAGGAAUGUCUUUCGUAAACUGCUUGCUCAGCCAGAGAAGGAGAAGAGCGAUAUUCUGUCACUGGAGGAGAUCCUGGCUGAGGGAACGGACUUGCCCGACUCGGCAGCAGCUCCGCUCUGCGCCAGCCGCAACAGCAAGGCCAAGCUGAAAGCCCUGAAGGAGGCCAUGUACCACAGCGCCGAGCACGGCUACGUGGAUGUGACCAUUGACAUACGGAGCAUAGGUGUUCCCUGGACACUCCACACAUGGCUGGAGUCCUUGCGCACAUCCUUCCAGCAGCACAGACGACCCCUCAUCCAGUGCUUGCUUAAGGAAUUCAAGUCCAUUCAGGAAGAAGAGUACACAGAGGAGCUUAUCACACAAGGGUUGCCUCUGAUGUUUGAGAUACUGAAGGCCAGCAAGAAUGAAGUGAUCAGCCAGCAGCUCUCUGUCAUUUUCACUCAUUGCUAUGGACCCUACCCAAUUCCAAAGCUGGUUGAAAUUAAGCGCAAGCAGACCUCCCGCCUAGAUCCCCAUUUUCUUAACAAUAAAGAGAUGUCAGAUGUUACAUUUCUGGUGGAAGGAAGACCGUUUUAUGCACAUCGAGUGUUGCUAUUUACUGCAUCACCAAGGUUUAAAGCGUUGCUGUCUAGCAAGCCCUCAUCUGAUAGUACUUGUAUUGAGAUCAACUAUGUGAAGUACCCCAUCUUUCAGCUGGUUAUGCAGUAUCUUUAUUAUGGAGGUGCAGAGUCACUCCUGAUUAAAAAUAAUGAAAUUAUGGAGCUUCUCUCUGCUGCUAAAUUUUUCCAGCUUGAAGCUUUACAACGACACUGUGAGAUCAUUUGUGCAAAAAGCAUUAAUACAGAAAACUGCGUGGAUAUUUAUAAUCAUGCCAAGUUUCUCGGCGUCACAGAACUAUCUUCCUAUUGUGAAGGCUACUUUCUAAAAAAUAUGAUGGUCCUCAUUGAAAAUGAAGCUUUCAAACAGCUGUUGUAUGACAAGAAUGGAGAAACAUCUGGUCAAAAUGUACUAGAGGACUUACAGAGGACGUUGGCCACAAGGAUUCAGUCAAUUCAUUUGUCUUCUUCAAAGGGCUCCGUUGUGUAAAGCUGAGGAAGAUGGUAACCCUCUAAUAAAACACCCUGCAAGUUAAGUCUGCUGGUGCAGUUGCUUAAACCUGUUGCAGUUGCUUAAACGACUACAAAAAAGAAAAUUUAAGAAAUUCUACUUCGCAUCCAAAUAGUUCUGUUUUGGCCAAAGGUGCUGCGCUGGGGCUGUAUCCCUGUUUGGAUGAGAGAAUACAGAAAACCAAGUUCCUCCAUGGUUUUGAGCAAACUGGGUACAAGAGUAUCUGGUGAAUUGCUGUUGUACUCAAAUCCUGAACAUUAACCUCUUUGUGGAUCUUGAUGCCAACAAAAGCCAGAACUCACAUCAGUGAACAGCAGAAGCCCCUGCCUUGAAGGGUAGUGCCAGGGAACACCUGAAUUGACCAAUUAAUCAUUUAAGUCAGAUUUGUUCCAGUGUUACACAUUUAAGAACUGUAUCUAUCCCGGAGUCCAUUAUCUCAUGCAUUUGAGAAAUGUAAGAACUGUUCUUGCUGUCAAGCAAAGAUCAGCUGUAUUAGAGAGUGGGUAAGACUGUUGCAGUUGAGGAAAUAUACUGGCAGAUUUUUAGGGGUGGGAACUUUUUAAAUUGUUCAUAAAAAAUGGGGUGGCCUUGUAGUUUAAAAACUAUUUCUUAAGCUUAAAAUUUCAUUUUCAACAGAGCUGUGUUUGAGAAUCUAUGUAACAUGUUUUGGUUUUUUAAAUGGUAAAAUGUACAUUGUGUAAACAUACAUAUGAUCAAGUUUUGCUUGUAUUCUUUCCUAGGGUGGUAUAAUCUUGCCUAACAGGCUAUGGUUACACCAAAGAGGUACAUUACCCAGACUAUCUCUAAUACAGUAGUUGGGGGGGGCAGAAGAACUGCAUGCUACUCGUGAUUUGGGGUUAAAAACAAUGACAAACUCAACAAACAUGCGUUUGCAUGGUAACUGUACCUGUGAAAUGUUACAUUCAUGCUUUGUUUUGCCAAGACAAAUGCAAUGUUACUUCUUGUCAAACUUCAUUUGUGAAAUUAGCAUAUUUUUUUAUUUGGUGCGAUUGGCUGUGAUAUGAUACCCCUGGAGCUCCUUCUUGAGGUGCUGAUUUCUGUUUGUUGCAGUGAAGGGAUAAUAACAGAUCUUUACUUGAGUAAUGUGUGGAUAUUUUGCUACUGGCCAGAGAUUGUUGUCCUAGUUAGACUUUUUUAAAUUAUAAUUAAAUAUGUACUAUAGAAUGAUUCCUCACUGUAUCCUGAGAAUGUAUAGGUUAUCUACAA